UGGGUGCUUCCGGGCGGAAGAGGCCUCCGCAGGGACCCAGGCACGGGGGGGGUCCCAGGCACCGGGGUGUCCCAGCGCACCCAGGGAUGAGCCAGGGGGGGCCACCGGGCGGGGCCCACGUCCCCUCAGCACUGCUGCAGCCCCAGGAGAACCUGCGGCUGUUUGACUUCCUGGGCAGGAAAUGUGUGGCGCUGGUGACGGCGGUGGCGCAGCUCAUGGUGGCCGAGCCGGGGGGAGUGGGGGGAGGCGCGGGGGCGGCCUGGGCCCGGCGCGGCUGCGGCGCCGUUUGCCUUGUGCGGGACGGUGCCCGGCGCUCCUACUUCAUCCGUCUCUACGAGCUGGGCGGGGCUGCGAGGGGGGCUCUGUCCCGGGCGGGGGCGCUGCGCUGGGAGCAGGAGCUGCAGGGGUGGAUGGGCUACACGGCCCGCACCCCCUUCUUCCACACCUUCAUCUCCUACGAGGGCCAGGCGGGGCUGAACUUCGCUGACGAGGGGGAGGCGGCCGCCUUUGAGGCGUUGGUCCAGGAGCGGCUGCGCCGGCGGCAGCAGCGGGCGGAGAAGCGGCAGCUCCCGCCUCUGCCAGCCCCCGGUGUUGCCCCUCUACUGCCAGCUGUGCCCAUCAGCAACCCUGAUAUCACGGCAUUCCGCUACCGGGGGCUGCCCAGCCCCACAGAUGGACCCACAGCGAGUCCCACAGCCGGGGAGCAGAAGAAAAGCCGCAAGAAGAUCUCCAAGGCCGACAUCGGUGCCCCGUCCGCCUUCAGGCAUGUUGGUCACAUCGGUUGGGACCCCAGUAACGGCUUUGAUGUGGCGGCGCUGGACCCUGCUCUCCAGGCACUCUUCACCCAGGCUGGCAUCACUGAGGUGCAAUUGGCUGAUGCCGAGACCUCCCGCCUCAUCCACGACUUCAUCACUGAACGGGGUGGGCUGCAGGCAGUGCGGGAGGAGCUGCAGCGCCAGGGUCCCCCUCUCCCACCGAGCCGAGGGGCUGCCCCUCCUCCUCCUCCCUUUCCCCCCGGUCCCUUCCGCAGCUGCACCGGCCCGCUGCCCCCACAGCCAGGGGGGGCCCUGCCACCGCCCCGCGGUGGCCCCACACUUCCCGCGGUGGCCCCGCCCUCCCGGCCCGUGGCUCCGCCCCCUGGACGUGGCCCCGCCCCCCCGAGGGCCACAGCGGCUCCGCCGCCUCCUCCCCCACCACUUCCGCUGGCCACCUCCGGUGGAGGCCCCGUACCCCCCCCAGGGCGGGGGGCACUGCUGGACCAGAUCCGCCAAGGGGUGACACUGAACAAGAUCCCCGAGUGCCCUGAGAGCAGCAGUGGCAGCGCCAACACUGGGGGGCUGGUGGGGGCCCUCAUGGAUGUGAUGCAGAAGCGCAGCAGAGCCAUCCACUCCUCGGACGAGGGUGAAGAUCUCCAGGAGGAGGAUGAAGAAGACGAGUGGGACGACUGAGCACCCCCAGCCCCACCAGGCACAGACUGAACCCCUACCCUGAGGGACCCCUUCCCCCAGUCUCACUUUGGCAGGAGGCCACCAUUAAAGGCAUCCCUAAUCACCGCUAA